GCAAAAUUAAAAAUAGUGUUUUUGAUAGUGGCAUCUUGUUAAAUGUCCUUAAGCAAUUUUUCGUCUGUUCGAAUUUGGCAAUAGUAAACAUUUUAAAAGAUUAAUGAUGUCUGUUGGUGCAAGAUCUUGGCAGGCUGUGAAACCACAUAUUCCACUAAUUAAAUUUAGAAAAGGGGGAAAAGAUACUGGAGAAGCUGGGAAUCAUAAACAGUCCUCACAAGCUCAGGGCUUAAACCUUUCAUCUUCUAAAGCAUCCAGUCAUACAGGAACUAUUAUAGAUGAUACAGAAUUGCCUAGUAGAUAUUUUAGAAAACCUUUAUCGCAAGUUGAAAUAGAAACUAUAGAACGAGGAGGACCAGAAUAAGCUUCAUCAAUUUCUUGUACAUAUUUAUUACCUGAAGAUCUUUAUAACCUAAUAGAAGAAAAAAUAGCAUUUGUACUGGAAAUAGUUAAAAGUGAAGCAUUUGUUACUGCUUGCGGAAAUGAAUCCUUUUAGCUGUGAUGUUUCAGAAUUGUUCUUGAAACCUAGUGUUGUAUUGUAAAUAAUGAUUAAAAAACCUUUAUUUAUUUA